AUGGCUUCACCUACGGCUAUUCCUAACCCCGAGAAGUCUGCGCACCACCGUCCCCAGCCUCUCAACAUCGCACCCACCGACCUCUCGGGCGAGAUCCACACCAGUCAAGGCCACAGGCUCUCUUUUUCGCCUCCCGUCUCCUUCUACUCGCGCGCAUCCGCGUCAGGCAACGGCCUCCGCAUCCCAAACAGCAUGGCUUCCACGAUGGGACCCCCCAGCCCCAAUCAUAACCGCUUCUCGAUGGGAUUCAGCCCGGUCGGUUCCAGGUCGGACGACAGCGGAGCAUCUCCCCCGCACUGCCACACACGCGUUCGCUCUCAGACAGCCAUCGGCGCCGGCACCAUCGCCUCGAGCGUUGAGAGCUGGGAUGCCAGUCGCGUCGAAUCACGACCGUCCGUUACGAGCGAUGCUGCGGGCUCGCCGACCUCGUCGUACGUAUCGACUUCGGACCUCUCGUUCUCCCGUUCACCCACGACGCCGGGGAGCUCACUGUCGUCGUCAGGCUACUCAUUGGGACGCGUACCCUCGCUGCCCUUGGGUACAUCGUACGAGCAGGCUCAAAAGCGAUUCAACAGCGGCAGCUGGGGUCAAAAAGUUGGCUGGAUGAACACAAUGCGACCUGGCCCGCUGUCGCCUCCGCUGCCGAGAUCCAGCAUGGACGAGGGCAGUCCAGUCAACGACGGAGCCGCCAAUGGUACGAUGGGCAAUCUGCUGCGUCGCUUCAGCCUGAGCGGCAACUCGUACCGGGCCAACAACGCCGCUGGCCUGGCUACUUCUUCUUCUGCUGCUACUGCUACGGCGCCCACAGCUCCCGCAUUUGACUCUGCACCCGCCGCAUUGGCACCCGCGAUUCCGCGAUCUGCGUCGCCCAGAGCUAUCCCUGCUGUUCGCGACUCCGGCGUGUGCUUCGAUGAGGGCAAGCCGAUCACGCGCGGUAGGCAGGCGAGCUUCAGUGGCAGCGGCAAACGCAAGCCCAGCCCGAUGGGCGAGCGGCUUCUGAUGGGUCACUUCAAUGCUCAUUAA